AUGGCAGAACGGCCGAGUUUAGCAACAGUAGUUUGGGCCGAUGAAUUGCUUAGAAUGCAGCAAAUCAUCUCUCCCUCGUUUAAUUUUGGUUUUGGAAUUGCUGCUGCAGCAGAAGGUGGAAGAGCCGAAGAUGGAGAUGAUCUGAGUGAUGAGGACGAUAAUGUGAGCUAUUUGGAUGAUGAUAUCUACCCUAAUCUACGCCUUUGUUCGCAACCUCGACUGGUAGUAACAUAUUAA